GUUGGGUGUUCUCAUAGUAAGCACUGUACAUAUAGUUCCUAUAAUAGCCUGAUUAGACCCAUUGACCUCCAAAGGGUUUUUUUAAUGUAAUUAAAAUUUUAAAUGAGAAGUGUCCAAAAAUCUCAUAAGCCAAAUCUUACAAAAUCUCUACGUUGUUACCCAAGCUCAUAUCAAUUUUUGAAGGGAAGGGGCUCAUAAAAUUGCAUACUUGAAAUGAUUUCUGAUGCCUGGUAUAAAAUAUUAAGUAGUAUUUUAUCAUUAGUUCAUUAAACACAGUAAAAUUGUCAAUAUAGUAUCAGUAUAAUAUUCUUACCAAUGUACUAUGCAGUUCUUAAAACAAAAUUGUAAAAAUCCUAUUAAAAGAAUUAGACAUUGCAUUACCAAUGCGAACUAAAAUCUCAUUCUUAUAAGAAGCUUGCUGUGUUUUGCACAGCAUUACCAGUAGCAUUGCUAAAUCAUAAAGUUAUAAUUUGGGUUUUCUGGAUAUAUUUGCAUUAAGCAGGUUCCUACGUUGCUUCAACAUACCAGAUUAAGAAUUGUUCUAAAUGUGUCAUCAAUAUUACAUUAAUAUUAUUAACUGUUUAAAUUGAGAGAAGUUUGGAAUUAGCAAAAUGACUUUUGGCUUUUUUUGUCCCCUGGAGGUCUUUAAUAAAGUCUUCUAAACCCUUCAGCUGUGUGACAUCUAUUAAAAAGAUUUUGCCUCCGUAGAGAGUUCACUAACAAAGUUGUUCCCUGCAUUUUCUUCGCUCAAUAUCUCUAGUCCAAUUAUAUCAAAUUGAAGUUAAAUGUAUUGCGGACUAACACUGAAACAAGAAAAGUGCAGAAAGUAGAACAAAUGGCACAAUCCAAGUUUUAACCAGCAGCUAUGAACCUGGUUUCCUUUUUGUACUCCAAGAUGAAGGAUGCUCUCUGGAACUCAGGAGAAAAAUGGAAAUGUUGACUCUGAUUGCUGCAGAUAAGUAUCAACUAAUGCCAGCAGAAAAUUGAAAACAGGUGACAAUCCAAGAAACACCAGAUUUCAUCCAUGAAGCAACGGACUGCAGUAGAAACCAUCUUAUAUGGAGUAGAAAAGAAAAUAACACUGAUUUUUUUUUAAGGCAAUAUCUGAUAGUGGAAAAAAAGGAAAGUGAGGAUAAGAUUGUCCUGCUUAUGCUCUUUUCUGCUCAGCAAAUGAUAUUGCUACAGUGUAAAAAUUGAUGACUUAGAAAAGCCAUCAAAAGGAGUAUAAUUCUGUGGUCUGCUGUACAGAGAAGUGAAAUAUGAUUUCUUGUGUAUGAAAAUGAGUUGUGAUCCUCAUGAAGAGCUACUGUAUGGCUUGAAAGUCAAAUCACUUUUUUAAAAAACUCAUCACAAAGAACACUGUUUCAAUUAGCAAAAGGCCACUAAUUUCUUGACUAAUCUUUCUGAAAAAUCUGAAACAUCCAAAUACACAAUCCAAAUUGCAGGUCUAUCAAUGAAAAUAAGGGUUGGUAGGAAGGAAAAUAUAUUGGUAGAAAGGACUUAUUAGUUAAUUCUGAGCCUAAUGACGAAGUAAAUAUGCUUGGUGUCACAUUUCACGUAAUUUUGAAACUACGAAAAUAUUGUGUUUCACAUUUUUAAUCAUUAAAGUGUCUUGCCAUUCAAAUUUUGGAUCAAAUUUUGACUUUCAAGAGAAACAUUUUUCAGUUGCAUAAAUACAGAAUGGUACAUUCUUACAUCUACUCCAGCUUUAUUUGCUGACUCUGUGGAAGCUGCUUAGAUAUUACAAUUAAGAUUAUUAGAUCCCUAAGAAGAUAAAAUGGAUGUACCAGAAACAUACUCAAUUGCCUUAAACUGGGAAAAAGAAAAUGCUUCCUGUCAAGAGAAUAUGAAGGACUGCACAAAGGGAAAAGAUUUCUAUAAAGAAAUGGCUUUUUCCAAAUUCAGCUAUUCUACAGAAACCCCACAAGAAAAUUACAGUUCCCAAGAAAUCCAUUUUAGAAAAAAAUAUAAUAAAGAGAUGAGUAAUGCGCUACAAAUAAGGAACAACAGCUUAUUUGAAACAAGGACUGCUAUGCUAAUUUCAUCCAAGGAGUCAAAAAACAUAAGAAGAUAUUCUUUUCCAGUUCCCUCUAUUGAUGUAUUGUCAUUACCUCAGCUUAGAAGAGACUCAGGUUUUUAUUCCAUGCCAUCUUUAUCUUUAAAACUCCUUUCCAUCCCAUUCAAAGUAGUAACUACUUAUAAAAUGAGUACUAAUAGACGUGUCAGCUAUACAAAACCUUAUUCAAGUUUUACAGCAUUGUCUGGUACUCUCACAGAUCUUAAAUCCUCACGUUGUUACGCUUUUGCUUCAUGCGAUCACAAUAUGAAUGUGUGUCAUGCGGAACAAGAAAGCAAAUUCAGCAAUAUUUUUUUGGAUGACAACUAUUUAGAAUACAGACAGAAUAGUAAGGAAACAGGGCAGGUGACAGUAGAAGACUUUCAUUCUAUUAUGAAUUCUUGUCAAGCUCAAAAGGAGAAAUAUAGACCCAUUGAGACACCAACAACCCCAAAAGGAGAUGAGGAACAUAUUACCUUUGAAAAAGAUGGUUUUGCUUGUGAGAAAGUUCUGAGAAGCAAAGACCAACAAGUUCAAGUCCAUGAAAAACUAUCAAACAAAGUAACUGCAAAUCAAGACUCUUUGCUUUCUGAAAAGCUAUCAAGUGGCAAUAAUAACAUUUCUGCUAAGCUUUCUGUGGAAGACAUUCAGGGUCAAGAAUCAGUAAUACAGUCAAACGAAAAUCUUCUGCAAAGUAUUUUUGAGUCUAAAGAAAUGAAAAAAAAACAGAGAAAAUCAGUCAUGACUGUAAUAACUGGAGAAUUGGAACAGAAGCUCAUCAUUCCAGGUGACAUUAAAUCUAUGGCAAAUUCAUUUGGCUUGGCAAUAAAAAAAGAGCCCAGCAGCAAAAGGGAAACAGUAUUUAUGUUGCCUCUUUUGGAUACUGAAGAAUCAAAUCAAGUUAAUGAAUUCCAAAAUUGUACUGCCAUUCAGAAAAUGUCUGAAAACAUUCCGGAAGAUUCCGAUUGCCAAGAUUAUUCUAUACAGACUGAGCAUCUUUUAGCUGGGGACUCUUUUACAGAUGAUCCAGAGAUGUUGUCCAGUGAACAACACAUAAGUCUCUCUCAUCAUUCUGGAAGUGAUUUAGCAGACGUUCAGACAGAGACGUUAUUCAAAUCCAGCUCUGAAAAACGAGAUGAAGAAAAGGAAGCAGAUAUGAAUGUAGUCAUGACCUCAGCCACAUUCUCACCAGUAAAUCAAGCUGAUCAGAUAGCUAAAUCACUGAAAGACACGAGCACAGGGUUAUCAAGGGACCAAGUGCUGAAAGAUGCAAGGACAAACAAGAGUUCUCAAGGGGAAGAAAAACCAGACCGUUGGGCUAGACGAAGGAAAUGGUUCAAAAACAGCAAAAGGCACCCUUCAUUUAGAAAGAGCUCUAAGAAUAGCAGAUUCACCAAAGGAUCCAUGAAUUCAGAAGAUGGUUGUCCCUUGGAUCUGGGACCUCACAGAGUGAGGGAAAGUGAAGAGCGAGGAUUCUACACAGAAAUGUUCCACUCAGCUUCAUGGGUGUUCCAAGGCGAUGAUGCUAAUGCAGACAAUAAUAUCAGAUGUCUUAGCAAAAGGCCAGUCACUGUUCGGGAACGAACUGUGAGGAUUCCUAAAGGAACGGGUGACUAUCCUUGGGGAUUCCAAAUCCAGUUCUCAAAACCCAUCUUGGUGACCAAAGUGGAUUUCAAUAGUACAGCAGAAGAAGCAGGCCUGCAGAUUGGAGACAUAGUGAUGGCUGUCAAUGGCACAGAUGUCACCAGCAUGCCUCAUUCAGAGGCAGCAAACCUAGCAAAAAAGGGUCCUGAUAUCUUGAACUUAUUGGUGGGUUCUGAUAUCAGCCGUUGCCCCAACAUCCCUCGUCCAACAUGUCGAGGAUACCUCCACAAACAGACUCACUCUGGUAUCCUGAAGGGCUGGAGAAAGAGGUGGUUUGUAUUAAAGCAUGAUGGCUCCCUGUAUUAUUACAAACACAAAAAGGACGAAGGAAAAUGCAGACCACUGGAAGUAACAAAGGUCGAAGGUGCUGAAAUUGGCAUGGAUAACAGCCUGGGCAAGCCUUUUGCAUUUAAAUGUGUUCCUCGGGCUGGAAACAGGGUUUUUUAUUUCCGUGCUACAUCAGCCCAAGAAAUGAAGAGGUGGGUAGAUAUCAUGGAAAAAGCUGCACAUCCUAUUCAUCAGAACCAUGUGUGGGAAGAUGUCACCAUGCACAAUACAAGCCUUCCACCACUUGCUAUCAAAAACCCAGAGUGCCUGGGGCUCCUUCACCAGCUGGACAAAACCAAGAAUAUAUGGGUUCAACAUUAUUGCAUUUUGAAAGAUGGCUGUUUAUAUUUUUAUGCUAGCAUACGUUCUACACAUGCUGUUGGGGGCAUUUAUUUGCAGGGUUACACUGUGAGUGAACAAAGCCUUGGUUCCAGAAGAUAUGUGAUUGAAGUAAAGCCACCUUCAGAAGAGUUUACUGCUUUCUACUUAUGUGCCGAAAGUGUCAAUGAAAACCAGCGGUGGAUCAGUGCCUUGCAAGCUUCAGUCAGUAAAUGGCUUCCUUGGAACAAGGCCUCAGAAGACUUCAUGCAUUGAUUGCUAUAAGAAGUACAAUGUGAAAGGAAAACUCAGACUUCUGUACAACUAUUGGUACGGGCUUUUGUUAUGAAUUUUCAGAACAUGAACGCAGCUGCUGGCAUAAAUUCUUGAUCAUGUCCUGGUAUCCCAUGAGUAGCAAAUCCUCUAUUUGUUGAUUUUUUUGGAAGCAUAAUGAAUUAAAGACUUUACACUCGAA